AUGGACCAGCCUGCUAGCAGCUGUAUGCGCGGCUCCCAUCCGGGUAGCCCGAUCUGGGGGUGCGUCAGGAGCCCUCACACAGGGGUCCCCACAGCAGGGCUACAGCCCUACCAACAAGCCCCUUUUUCCCUGCAUCAGAAGCCCGACUUUCUGGCCUACACAGACUUCUCCAGUUCCUGCCUGGUGCCCACACCGCACUCGUACCCGCGCGAGGAGAGACUGUACCCGGAUCCGCACGGCGGGUACCAGCGUUCGGAUUGGCAGUUCCCCUCCUGCGAGCCGCGGGCCAGGGGGCAGGAACCGUGCCAGGCCGCCGCGAUAGCGGUGGGCGCAGGAGUGGCAUCAGAGAUGGACAGUUCUGGGGGAGACAGGCUGGCAGGAGCGGGCGCCGUGUGCCUGGAAGGAGAAUACUCUCCGCAGAGCAUGCCGUCGGCCGACACGGAAAAAAAAUCCUCAAAACGGAAGAGAGACGUCACAGAGAUUCAGGAUUCCAGCUUUAAGACUGACGCGAACUGCAAAGCCAGAAAGGAGCGGACGGCUUUCACCAAAGAGCAGCUUAGGGAACUGGAGGCAGAGUUCACCCACCACAACUACCUGACCCGGCUCCGUCGCUACGAGAUCGCCGUCAAUCUGGACCUCACAGAGAGACAGGUGAAAGUGUGGUUUCAGAACAGACGGAUGAAGUGGAAGAGGGUAAAAGGUGGACAGCCAGCUUCUCCUCACGACCUGGAGAUCGAUGAGGUCGAUUCAGCUGCGUCACCCAGCUCAGAGUAA